AUGGAGCCAAAUGUUGUUGAUUUGGUAACUCAUCUUAUCAUUUAUAUAAGACUGUUUGGGACUUUAUUGCACUUAUGUAUUCUAAUAAUAUCUCAAGAAUGUAUGAUGUAUGUUGAAUACUAUCGGAUGAAAGAAGGGAGAUAAGAGCUUGAGCCAAUAUUUUGGUGAAGUGAUUCGACUCAAUGACGAUCUUCAUGUAUUACUACCUAUCUCCAGUGAUGUUCGGGUAGUGUAGAAGCAGCGUGACUAGAUGACUGUUCUUCAAUUCCUUGGUGGUCUUCCUUUAGAAUAUGAUGGAAUUCUUAGUCAGAUUUUAUCUGGAGUUAAAUUACCAUCUCCUGUUGAGACGUACUAGCAUAUCUCUCGAGCCUUUUUAGACCAAGACGGCCUUCGGACUUCAGCACCUGUUGAGACUACUACCUUAGUAUCUCCUCAGAAUGUCGUGGAUACACUCCUCUCAUGUUCGUCGCCGUAGUGUUCAUGCUAGCUGAGGGAGGGGUGGAGAUAGAAAUGCUGGAAGUCAUCAACGAUUAGAAUGUACUCAUUGUGGUCGAAAGAAUCAUACUAAAGAUACAUGCUCUAACCUUCAGAGAUAUCCUCCUUGAGUAGCUAAUUUAGCUACCUCAAGUGAGGAGGGGGAGACCAAAACUACUCAUCAGAUUGUCUUGUCAAAUGAAGAGUAUUCUCAGAUUCUUCCAUUUCAUAUUGUUCAACAGGCAUCAUCAGCCAUUGCAUCUCUUGUUCAGACUAGAUUCAUUGCAUGUCUCUCUUAGGCAUCUCAUUCCUCCACAAGUGAAUCGUCAUCUUGUAUUUGGUAGGUUCACAUCCUAUUCUAGUCACACUGGUCUUCCCGAAUUUCCUUAGCUGAUGGAUCUACUAAUCAUGUCAUACGUAUAGGGACUGUCCCCUUCACCUGAAUUAUCCCUCAAAUCAGUUCUUUAUGUGCCAAAGUUUUCUUUCAACCUUGUUUCUAUUAGUAAACUCACAGGUGCUCUUCAAACUAUCAUAACUUUUCUUCUUGACUCAUGUUUUAUUCUAGACCUGAAGACAUGGAAGACAAUUGAAGAAAGAUAUGAGCACAGAGGAAUAUAUUAUUUGGGUAAAGCUUCUCCAAUCGCUUGUGUUGCUGCAUCACCACUUCAAAUUCAUAGUCGGUUGGGUCAUGUGUCUCUUAGUAAGCUCAAGUUAUUAGCUCCUAAUCUUGCUAGUUUGAAAACAUUAGAGUGUGAGUCAUGCCAUCUAGGAAAACACUAG